UCAGUCAGUUAUAACCUAAUAUUUGUUAAGAGAUUUUACCAUAUAUAUUUUAAGGAUUUUCUCAUUGGAAUGAGUAAAAAAAAAUCUCUUCCAACAUGGACACCUGCUACUCCUAUCAAAAAUCCAGACAAUAUUAUAUCCUCUGACUUUACAAACACGAAAAUUUUCAUUCCAUCCUAUGAAAAGACCAGCGAAAAAUCAUGCAUAGAGCAAUUGUUGACUAAUGAAUAUCAUCGUAUUUGGUGGAAAGAACAAGAACAUUGGUCCGGUAAAUUCUAUGAAAAUAAAAAUCCACCUAAAAGAAUAUUGUAUCGAGGGCAAGCCCGUAACCAAAAUACACAAGCAAAUAUGAAAAAUUCUGAAAGGUGUGCUACAAAAUGUUCAAAAUUCCAAAAACUGGAUAAAACCAAAAUAGAGAAAAAGUGCAUUGAAGGCAGAGUAAAACCAACAGGAAAGUGAAGCUUUUUAACUUUUAUAUAUGGGAUUUUCAAUUUUUGUCAAUUUAUAACAUUUUAUGA